GGUGAAGGUGAGUGCCGGGCGUGACCUUGGCCUUCAACAUCUUCUCCGUACUCUAUCCUAAGCCCUGUCUUUGCUUUCCAAGUACUCCCUGGUGCUCUAGUAUCCACGGCAGCGCUGACUCGGAAAACUGGUCCUUGAAAACAGAAAGGAAGGGUGCAUACUGCUUUCCUCUCGUCUCAAGAGUGAACUAACGUGCAUAACCAAUGGUGGGUGUGAUGGAAAGCAUUUAAACAGCCGUGCUUGAUAAAACUCCCUUGAGGAAUCACCACACGGUAUCUCUAAAGAAAAAAAAUAUCGUCCAGAUGAGAACAAUGUAUUACUCGGUAUUAGUUUUCGCGUGCAUGGCAGCGACAAUGGCGGCAGCGAGUAAUGACCGCCAAGCCAGGCGGAUCAUCCAGCAGAUGACGUCUCACUCGACCAUCGGCGGUCCAGACUAUCAGCUAUGCGAAAAGGAAGGCAUCAUGGGUGCCUGUCUACCCAUAACUAUCUGUCAGCAACAGGGAAAGUUCAUCGGGUAUUGCGGUAACACCGGCACCUACUGCUGCAAAGUUGUCAAGACGUGCGGCGAUAGAACCACGUCCCACCAAGGCAUCUUCAGGAAUCCCAGCUACCCGGGUAGGGACAGCGAAGCCAGGGUGUGCCCCUUCAAAAUGGACAUCGGCAAAGGAGUGUGUGGAGUCAGGCUAAACUUCGACUUCUUUGAGCUUGCGGCGUACAUGAGCGGUGUGUGCAUACGCGAUACCUUGACCGUUCUUGGCUCAGCGGUGUCCAACUACACGGCCACCCCAGUCUGCGGCAACAUGACAAACUGGGCAACGACAUUCCCGGUGAAGGAGGGCGGACACAUCACGCUGGCCAUGGUGCUGCAGGGAAUACCGUCAUACAAGUUCUCCAUCAGAAUCACACAGCUACAGUGCUCUAAGAUCACCACCUUCAUCUCUCCCACCAAUGCUGGAAUUAGGAAUGUGGACGCCAUGCCCUACACACCCACCACCACCCCACCACCGACAGAGGCCACGGAGACCACGGAGGCCAUCACUGACAUGACCACGGAGAUGCCCACCACUACCAUGGAGACCACCGACAUCCCCAUCACCAUCGCAGGACCUACCGACGGGACAGAGGGAGAACCUGGACCCACCACGCUCAAACCGGGGAAGAUACCUGUCCCAAAGCACGACGAGGUGGUAUUAACGGCUCCGUACGAGGAGGAGGAGGAGGAGGAGGAGGAGGAUUACCUGGCGGUGGAAGGUGUGGACGCUGUACCCACCAUCUCGGCCUUCAAGAGAGCCUUCGAAUUGCGGGUGAAUGACAGGUGCUGGCAGUACGAGGACGAGUCUGACACUGGCUUCAGGGUCAUCGGCGGCAGCUACACCAACAUCCAAGAGUAUCCAUGGCAGGUUGGCUUGGUGUUCAAAAAUAAGUUCUUCUGUGGCGGCUCUCUCAUCGACGACCGCCACAUUCUCACCGCCUCCCACUGCAUCUUCGGGAGCUUCUCAAAGGGCCUGGACAAGCUUAGGGUCACGAUGGGCGACCACGACCUCUCCACCCGCAGUGAAGCUAAUCAUACAGUGGGCAGGGUCAAGUCCGUCAUCUGGAACUUGCACUACAACCCUCACACCACGAAGAACGACAUCGCGCUGCUGGAACUGUACGAGCCCAUCAACUUCGGUUAUGGGAUAAGCGCAGUUAGACUUCCUAGCGACCUUGACGAGCGCUACGCAGGUGCCAACGCUACGAUCACCGGUUGGGGCAGGUUUAACAUCAAGAGCAAGAGGACCAGCCCGAUACUGAAGGAGUACACAAGCACGCUGGUGAACGGCACGAAAUGCGUCAAGGCGUGGAAUAAGUACCCGGGCAUCAGCGCCAAACUGGACCAACACAUUUGUCUGGACGUCACUAUUGGAACUCCGUGCCAUGGUGACAGCGGAGGGCCACUUGUUGUGUGUUCAGGGAACCACUGCACUCAGGUCGGCGUGGUAAGUUUCGGCUUCCCGCUAUGCACCAAUGUGGGUCUGCCCGCCGUGUUCGCGCGCGUCACCCACUUCAAGUCCUGGAUAGACAUGAACACUCAUCCGCUGUCGGUGCUCCACGUGUGAGACAAAUGCUGCUUAGGGGACGACCAUUGGUGAGGCAAGGGAACACGGGAAAUAUAAACAAAGAGACAGAAGGAAGCAAUGCGAUAAUGAAAUUGUAAGAAACACAGUAACGACUAACAGAAAGAUAAUGGCCAACGUAUAUACACAGUAGACUGCACAAAGCAGGAGCACGGGUCGAAUGACUCAAUGUCAAUGGACGAGCCGCUUAGUUUUAAUUAAUUAAAAUGUUAUGAAUUAGGUUAACGUUUUGUUUGCUUCUCAGAAAACAUUCCUUCAACAACAAUUUCUGCAUCACAGAAAAUAAUAAAGAAAAUAGGAAUACUUGAAAUUUAUUCUGAGAAGUACUUUUUUUAUUUAUUUAUUUUUUAUUUAUACCAUGUGGGCUUUCCACGGGAAUUUCUGGGCUAAAGGGGAUACUUUUUGGGGUACCUCCUAUCUCAAAGCCCACCCGCUAGGAAACCGUUGCCCCUAGUGAGGAAGCCCAACCUACACUCGGACCGUGGACAGGAUUUAACAUCAAACAAGUAUAAUAGAAUAAGAAAGUAAAUAAAUAAAAAAUAAUGAUCAAGAAUGUGUUACAGACUACAGACAAGAGCUACUUUGUGACUGCUUUAUUCAAUGGACCUUUGGGUCACGAAAUGCAAUGAAGCACUAUCGCUAUCGCGUCUGUCGUUCCUGAAGACUGCCAACAUUGAUCCUAUGCACUAACAGCAUCACUAUCUUGCCACAUCACAACCAUAGCUGUCUUCAUCAAUACUGACAAAUAGCCACCAUCAUUCACCAUCACCAGAAUCACUGCCACUAAUUCCAGCGCCACCACCACCGCCAGUGUGCAAUAUACCACCAGCGUCUCCGUCACCACUAUUACCAGUACUCUAUAAUAUUAUAGUUUUCCCGUUACGCAAUACAAUCAAUACAAUCCUAAUCCACACGGCCACGCAUGUCAGAUGGCGGCGCCUACAGAAACAUAGCCGCAAGUAACACGGGUUCUCCACCUCUGAAUUCUGAUAUAUAUAUAUUUUUAUAUCAUUCACUGUGUUGCGUCGCAGUUCGAAUAAGAUAAAAGUCAGUAAGUGAAGAGUUCCGUGCUCCCACUUUGACCUUCACCUAAGUAACUUCAAAUUAAGAGAGAUGAGAACAUUGCAGAGGGAAACGUGAAUGAAAACGAAUAAGAACGAUAACAGUCACUGAAAAGAGCGAAAAUAACUGAAUUGGCAACAAAUGCAUUAAAGAUGAAUAACACCAAGAAAAAGAUAAAAAAAAAAAAUGGCAUUUAUAAAUCAUAAGAGUUAAGUCUGCCGGUUAACCUUCGGAGACGAUCUGCUCAAAACAAAAACUUAACUCCUUCAGUACUGAGACGCAUAUUUACCUCGAGUUUUGUGUAUGAUUAGACGAUUUGAUUUGCAUUAGGAAGGGUCUAUGGAGGUCAGAAGAUUAAUGGCCAGAGUCUUCACUAUUUAAAUCCGCACAUAAGUUUCUGAAGCUGUAUGAAAUCACCAAAUAGUAAGCACGAUAAAUAUGAAAACGCGUCAUGGUACUCAAGGGGUUAAAGAAUAUUGGCAUAUCCCCAUUAUUCACCGAGACGACUAAUGAAAAUAAGGAAAACAAACAGACAAACUACAAUUAGGACACAAACAGGGUGAGCAAAGCACGAUGCGGGACAAAGCUUCAUGUCACCUCACCGACUCACGUAAUAGUACAAUGCUUCCUUUUAAACAGUCUUAGACCAGUAUUCAGAAACGCUUUGUUCUCUCACCACGACAAUUUUUCAAGGCCACAGAGAUGACUAGCGGGACUUCAUAUAGUGUUUCUCCAGUUAAUAAUGUAAAAAUCUUGUCAAUCUGCCUAUAGAACUAUAAAAGUACCUUAAAAAUUCCGUGUAAAUUUAAGAUAAGGCCUUUUGAAAUAGUGGAGGUGAAGCACAGAAGUGUUUGAGAAUACGAGCCUUAGACCCAGCAAAGCAUCUCAGGUGUGGCGUGCUCGUGGAUGUAAGGCAACAGGAACAAAUUCGUGUUCCAACAGCCACAGACAUUGAACAACACGUGGUUACUAAUAAUAUCACUGCACUUCUCAUUAUACUCGUGCAGGUCACAUAAAAGCUUCCUCUUUCGCACACACCGUGACAACAGCUCGGGUUUUCCCACUCUGCAGUACAGAAGUGUCGUCCCCCUCACCACACACCUGACGUCAGCACCACACACCACUCACCAUCAGCACACACACAAACCUUCGCUAACAUCAAACACACCAAACACGCGUCACCAUCACAGUGACGUGCCACCACCACUUCCCUCCCACACACCUCACCCUUACAUGACGUGUGGCAGCUCUCUGUGUCUAUUUAUCCAGCAGCUUCUCAUUACCCCAGAAAUAAGCUCAAUAUCAACUCUUAUAAGUGUAAUCGUAAAAUAAAGCUUGUAGAUGACA